AUGAGCCACCCGGUAGAUGAUCAACUCGGUAGCAGGCUCUCCGUCAGCCAGUAUAUCCAAGAGCCCAAAGUCCUGCCAGAGAAAGGCUUGGAGGAGAGUACGAUGGGAACGGUUGAGAACCCUCUGAAACCUGCAACUUGGUGCGGUAGUAAGAAAACCUUCGUGGCAUUCGUCGGCCUUCUAACGCUCUUCAACAGCGUCUUUGAUUCCACCAUCCCCAGCGGUGGAAUUCGGUUCAUUGCCGCUGCAUUGAAUGUACGGGGAGAAUCUCAGCUUGCCUUGCCCACUUCCGUUUUUCUGAUCGGAUAUGUGACCGGACCACUUGUCUUCGGGCCCAUGAGUGAGGUUUAUGGCCGACGACUGGUUAUGAUUGGUAGCUUUGGGCUCUUCACUAUCUUUACGCUUGCAUGCGCUGUGGCCCCGAGUUGGUUAGCACUAAUCAUAUUUCGAUCCCUGUGCGGUAUCUUCGCAUCCACUCCGAUUGCAGUCACCGGAGGUAUUUUCGCAGAUAUCUAUCGCUCCCCGUUGACUCGGGGCCGGGUUAUGGCCCUCUCAAUGGCGGUCACUGCCGCUGGCCCGCAAUUUGCUCCAGUAAUUGCAGGGUUCGUUGCAACCGCUGGAUGGAGAUGGAUUUUCUGGGUGUCGCUGAUCCUUGCUGGUGUGACUCUGAUUCCGGUUUUAUUCCUCCCAGAAACAUUUCAGCCAGCUCUGCUGAAGCAGCCGCAACAACGUGGUGAGAGAGGUGUCACCAAGGCGCUUGCGCGGCCACUUCAUAUGCUUUUCUGCAAGCCGAUAUUAUCAUUCACUUGCCUUUAUCUGUCCUAUGCAAGUGCAAUAUUUUUUAUGUAUUUCGAAGCAUAUCCCCUAAUUUUCCAAGGAGUUUAUGGAAUGAGUGAUGGUAUAUCAGGCUUGGCAUUUCUCCCUAUUGCUGUGGGAGCUGGCAUCGGCCUGGGCAUCUUCGUGGCCUAUGACUCGUUUCUGCAGCGUGCAAAAUCAAGAAGGGCAGGCUGGUCCACCGUUGAAGAGUAUCAGCGACUUCCCUUGGCAUGUUUAGGAGGCCCGUUGCCCUCUUUUGGUUGGGAUGGACCGCUUCACCGGAAAUACACUGGAUCGUUCCGAUGCUGGCGGGGAUACCGUUUGGAAUGGGGUUCUUCCUCAUAUUUGUGGCUCUGA